AUGAAUCGCCCGGACGAGGGAGUAGAGUUACACGUCUACCUGGGAGUUUCGGACACUACUAUAAGUGUCGUUUUAGUCCAAGAGCUUCCUACACCGAAGCUUGUGUAUUUCGUUAGCCGCACGCUGCAAGAUGCCGAGACCCGAUAUCGACAGGUGGAGAAGGUCGCGCUGGCCUUGCUCCAUGCCACACGGCGGUUGCGACCCUAUUUCCAGAGCCACCAGGUGGUUGUCCGAACCAACCACCCAAUCUCCAAGGUGCUAAGAAAGCCCGACCUGGCCGGACGGAUGGUAGCGUGGGCAAUAGAAUUAUCCGAGUUCGGAAUGCGCUAUGAACCCAGGGGUUCCAUAAGGGGGCAACAUCUUGCAGACUUCGCUGCAGAAUUGCCACCGGCGGAAAACGACGUUUGGAGCUUAUAUGUUGACGGAGCUUCUGGUAAGAAUGCAAGCGGGGCCGGCAUCGUCCUCGAGGGGCCGAACGGUUUUCUUUUAGAGCACUCCCUUUUGUUCAAAUUCAAAACAUCCAACAACCAGGCAGAGUAUGAAGCCCUAGUGGCGGGCCUGGAACUGGCCAAGGAUAUGGGAGCUAAGAAAUUGAUCUGUCGAACCGAUUCUCAGUUGGUGGUCGGUCAGAUGAACAGGAAGUUCCAGGUAAAAGAGGACCACCUCUCCAAGUACUUCCAUAAGGCAUCCGCGUUGAUUUCGGAGUUCGAAGAGGCGGAUAUCCGGCACAUCCCCCGCGAGAAGAACGCGAGGGCGGACCUGUUAUCCAAGUUAUGUUCCGGCAAGGACAAAGGGCAGUUGACAACGGUUAUCAAGCAGGUCCUUCUGCAGCCGUCCGUCGAAUGCCAUGCAAUUACCACAGAUGCCGCCAACUGGAGGGGAGAAAUCAGAGAGCUAAUAAAGAAACAAGACGACGGAUGUAGCCUCCGGCCGGAAGAAACAAAAAGAAUAGCUCGUUUCCUGCUAGUAGGCGACGACAUGUAUAGAAGGGGAUUCUCCACCCCUCUACUCAAGUGCGUGUCCGGAGAAGAAGCGCAGUACGUGAUGGACGAGCUCCACAACGGGGUUUGUGGAUUCCACUCGGGGCAAAGAACUCUGAAAGCCCGGAUCCUAAAGGUCGGCUACUAUUGGCCCACUAUGGAAGAAGACUCCCGCGUUUUCACUAGAAAAUGUUUACGGUGUCAAGCGCACGCCAAUGACCUCCGGGCCCCGCCCCAUCUUUUGCAUUCUAUCACAGCCCCGUGGCCUUUCUCCCAAUGGGGCAUGGACAUAGUAGGUCCUUUCCCAGUCGGCCCAGCACAGAAGAAAUUUCUCCUGGUGGCAAUCGAUUAUUUCACCAAGUGGGUGGAGGCCGAGCCUUUAGCCAUUAUAACGGCCGGCCAAGUACAAAAGUUUUGCUGGAAGCUGAUUUGUAGAUUCGGCCUCCCGAAAACGAUCAUCACCGACAACGGAAGACAAUUCAUAGAUAAGAAGUUGAGGGAAUUCUACCAAAAUCUGGGAAUUAAGCAUGUGACGAGUUCAGUCGAACACCCCCAAACCAACGGGCAGGUCGAAGCCAUAAACAAAACUAUUGUGGCAGAGUUAAAAAGAAGGUUGGGGGAGAAAAAGGCAGCAUGGGUCGAAGAGCUGCCCGAGGUCUUGUAG